GACAAUCUGCGUCGAAAGAUAGUCACUACGAAAACAGCUGCCGAGAGAAUAUGAAUCGCGCAGCGGAACGAAGCAAUAUAUGAAAGGUGCGUCCCUACCCUACCGAGUUGACUGGCCGUCUAAGAUGCGCACUACACUGAACUCUUACCACGUUUGAAUAGGUGCGUUUCCGAACGCGUAACCUCGCCGUCGCUCAUACCACCACGAUCCAUAGGUGCAUCACCAUGCCCUCUGCUCGAUUGUCACACCUGUUUAAGACUGGCCCACGCCUUGUGAACGCUCUUCGCACCGUGUGGAUAGCGGCUAUCAUCUGGUACGAGCUGGGGACUUUCAUCUACUGCGUCUCCCAGUGCAAAUGGCCCGAUACCCAAGUCAAGCCCGAGUUACAGCAUAUACUGCAGCCAGAGGUGUUACCGACGCGUAUUCUGCUCAUAGCGGACCCGCAGGUACUGGACCACCGGUCCUAUCCAGGGCGCUCUCCAUGGCUGAUGUCUCUCAGCCAGCGUAUGGUCGACCUAAACCUCCGCAAGAGCUGGUGGGCUACACUGCGCAUGAGACCCGAUCUCGUUGUAUUCCUCGGUGACAUGAUGGACGGUGGACGCUUCGAUAUGGAUGAUGCUGAGUACCAGGGCUACUACGCUAGAUUCAAAAGCAUAUUUUCUAUAAAGAACAGUACCCCAGUCUACUAUAUACCGGGCAAUCACGACGUUGGAAUAGAUGGGGUCCACGCAGGCUUUUCCGAGAAGGCCCACGAACGAUACGUCAAGCACUUUGGGCCCUUGAACCGGAGACUUGAUAUCGCGAAUCAUACUCUUGUCAUAGUCGACGCUCCUGGGUUGGUGGAGGAAGACCACGAACGUUCUAUCUCUGGGCUGUCCUACCAGCGGUGGGCUGCUACCCACCCUGGCGGUCCCAUAGCAUUCACUCAAAAGUCUGCUGCUGUCAAAAGACGGACAGGGAACAUGCCUACCAUCUUGCUGACACACAUUCCUCUUGCUCGGCCCGACAACACGUACUGCGGACCUUUGAGAGAGCAAGGUACAAUCCGUCAGGGCGCGGGCUAUGGGUAUGAGAAUACCCUCAGUGUCCAGGCUUCGCAACUACUUCUGGACAGCCUCCGCCCCGCUGUCGUCUUCAGCGGGGACGACCACGACUACUGCGAGGUUGGCCAUCUACUCCUCGCGUCCGACGACGUGCCAUUGUCUGAAGACGGCGAGGUCAAGGAGGUGUCUGUCAAGUCGUUCUCGAUGGCCAUGGGCAUCCGACGGCCGGGCUUCCAGUUGCUGUCGCUUUUGCCGCCGUCGUCUGUACCUGUGGGCUCGCAGACCUUUCUCGACGGUCCAUGCUUCCUGCCUGACCAAGUUGGCAUCUACAUCUCCAUCUACGUACCCCUGAUGGUUCUCAGCCUGCUGGCACUUCUCCUGAGGAAUACGUAUUCCGCUUCUCAGUCGCACGCGACAUGGUCGGGUGCUGGGACCCCCCUUCGAACACGGUCGCCAACAGACGAAGAGCAAUUCGACCUGUGGCAAACAUCACCUCCUCCGCUUCCUCCUGCACCACGCGUGUACAAAGAGCAUGACAAGGAAGUGGACGAUGACGAUAGUGCGCACGCUUUGCCGCCUCCCACGUCUGCUGUCUCCAUCACUCAGAAGGUGCGCCGGGGACGGACGUGGCUGUCUAGGCUGCGUUCCAUGCGACGUCGUUUAGUAUACAUGGCUGGCUGCAGAAGCAGCCCGGACGCGGCGCUUAGACGAGGUCGUAGAGGAUUGUUCCGAGGCUUCUUCGAAGACGUCUUGGAAGUGGCAUGGGUGCCCGUCGUGCUGUUUGGGACGAUAGCAUGGUGGAUGUUCCUGUAGAUGCGACAAUCGUGGUCUAGGCACGAGUUUCAGAUCUUGAAGAACAAGACAAGAGCUGUGGGUGCUGGUGACAGAUGUUGUACACGGUAUUUGAGGUGUUGCAGGAACAAGGUACCUGUUUGUCACGGACAUGUUCUCGAUAUGACAUAGAGUUUGACAUGAGUAACUGGGCCAUGGUCUCGACGGUCGAGCUGUCGGCAUCUGAGGCAACCGUCGCGUUGAAUGUUGGACACUGCACGCGACGUGUGUACAUGUAGGGUUGCUGCCGUAAGAUCUCAGGGUUGCUGCGUUCGCGCUCAC